UGUACGUGCUUGAGUCAUGUUAUUAAUGGUUGCCAAGAUAUAAGUCAGCCAGAUGUGGAAUAUCUGAAUAAUUAUCAUUUGUUGAGAUGACUGAAGAGAAAACAGACGCAUUGAGUCUGACGGAUGAUGAAGACAAUGAAGAUUCCGAUUAUGAACCGGCACUGCCCGAAAUUCAGGGUGUACUCAGUAAAUGGACUAAUUAUUUACACGGGUGGCAAGACCGAUACAUUGUGUUAAAAGAAGGAACCCUGAGUUACUAUAAAUCAGAAAAUGAUACAGCUUUUGGAUGCCGAGGCGCAGUUAGUCUUGCAAAAGCAAGCGUGUCACCACACCAGUUUGAUGAGUGUCGGUUUGACGUGACAGUCAAUGACUGCGUUUGGUACCUGCGCAGUGGAUCUGAGGAGGAGCGCCUUCAAUGGAUCAAUGCCAUCGAGUUACACAGGGUAUUUCUUAACAUAGAUGUCGAGCAAGCUGAAUCUGGGUAUGGGAGUGAAAAUAACCUCCGUCGUCAUGGUUCCAUGAUUUCUCUCACCUCAGCAGCCAGUCUUUCUACUGCAUCUACUUCCUCCUUCAAGCGUGGCCGUGGACUUAAAGAGAAACUUGCUGAAAUGGAGACGUUUCGUGACAUCCUAUGUCGACAGAUAGACACACUCCAGAGCUACUUUGACAGCUGUGCUUCAGCCGUCUCCCAAGGAGCCGUACAGGAAUUAACUGAUCCGGACGACAUUGGUGACCCUGAUGACCUACAUGAAAAUGAUGCUGACCACUCCAAUGUCCACUUCCAGGGUCCAAGUGGAAAAGACCUUGCCUCAAUACUGCAGCAACAUGGAGGACAUGCUGUAGACUUCAAAGGAGAGUCCUUCACCUUUAAAGCGACCACUGCUGGUAUCAUAGCUACCUUAUCCCACUGUAUGGAGCUCAUGUCUCAGCGAGAGGAUGCCUGGAGAAAACGACUGGAAAAGGAGGUUGAAAGAAGGAAGAAGAUGGAGGAAGCCUAUAAAACCACUGUAUCAGAUCAAAGUAAACCAAGGCUUGUUAUUGGUGGACCUGACUUUGAGGAAGGGCCACAUUGUGCUAUUAAAGAGGAUGAGUUUUUUGAUGCUGUUGAUGCAAGUCUCGACAAACUAGAAGAGAAAGUAGAAGAAGAAAAGCAAAGGAAAUUAACAGAAGAAACUUCAAAGGAUGUUCCAAACAUUGCGCUGUCCCCUUCCAACCCACUUUACCAGGAGAUUAAUGAUGAAGUUAACAAGCAUCUGCUGCGUAUGGAUGAGAAAUGUGAAGAUGGUGAGGACACAUGGCAGGUCAUUGCUGAGGAGGGAGACCUCAAGGUGUAUAAACGCGAGAUUGAGAUUGAUGGUGUUGUAGUUGAUCCUCUCAAAGCCACACACAUAGUCACGGGUAUCACAGGACAUGAAGUGUGUCACUACUUCUGGGAUAUUGAUGUCCGGCUGGAGUGGGAUGUAACAUUAGAGUCAAGUGUCGCUACUGAGGUUCAUUCAGAAGAUACCAUUGUGAGUCAUAACAUUGUCAAACGAGUUUGGCCAACCUCACAGCGUGACGCUCUCUUCUGGUCUCAUAUACGUCAUGUGCCAAGCUCUCAGGAUGAAACUCCUGACCGUUGGUUGGUGGUCAAUGUUUCAACUAACCAUCCCAAAGUCCCAUCCAACAAAUUUGUCAGAGUUACUAUGAAUGUUGCCAUGAUAUGUGAAACAAUAAUAGAACCACCAAAAGAUGGCGGUGACAUCACACGAGAAAACAUCAAGUGUAAAAUUAGCUACACUGCUGAUGUAAAUCCAGGUGGAUGGGCCCCUGCAUCAGUAUUACGAGCAGUGUACAAGCGAGAGUAUCCUCGUUUCUUGAAGCGAUUCACACAAUUUGUUCUGGACAAAACCAAAGACCAACCCAUUCUCUUCUAACCAGCAUUGACAUCAUCAUGUUGAAAAUCUGGCUUUGCCUACCACUGUGAUGUAAGCACUGCAAAAACUAUUUCUUUGAGAUAUGGUCAUGUGUUAUUUCAACACAACAGAUGAUUUCAAAAUACUUCUAAGCAAUGGCAAAGGAAGAUGUUUGAUGCACGGAAGAUACAGGGAAGCAAUCGUCAAUGUUCCCAAAAGAAACAUACUGGUAAUGAAAAUGGGAAAGAAAUAUCUCCUCAUGAUAUUUAAGGUGUAUGGUUUUUACUGGAUGUUUUGUUAAGAAAAGUAUUAAUGAUUUAAUGUAUAUUGACAAGGUGAAAAUUCUUCUAAACAUAGGUUAGUAAACUUUUUCUACUUCAUGAUAGACAUCUAGUCAUAUUGCUUUGCUGGAUCAGUAUAAUUACAAUUUCUUUACUUUUUUAUGGUACAUAAAUCUACAUUUAAACUCAUCUUGCUAAUAUCUGUAUUCAUUUCUUUAUCUUUGGGGCUUAAGUUUUGAUGAAAGAAAUUAAUAGGGGAUAAAAGAUAUUGAUUUUUUCUAAUCGAUGUUGGGCAUAUACAGUAUUUAUUUGGCAAUAGACCCAUAUCUGGUAACAUGCACGCCCUAAGGAAUACAAAAACAUGUGAUUUAUUGUUCUGUGAUUACCCUUGGGCUUACUACUGGAUAAAUAUAGUGUGACAAAAAAUGAAAGGUAUAAAAUCUAAACACUAUGAAUUCAAGUCUUGUCAAUUUAUUUUCCCAUGCAAAUUUUAAGAUAUAAGAAUUUAAAGUCACAUCUUCAUUUUCUAUGCUGUACAUGUAGUUUCCUUGUAAAAGAACAUGUAAUUUUUUUAAUCCUUUGAUUGGCAUAAGUGAGAUGGUGAUAUGAAAGCUUUAUGCAUCAUUAGCUAUAUUUGCUUUACUAUACACGAGAAAUAAUAAUGUAUAUUACUCAUUGUCCUUGGCAUGAGGUCUGCUGGAGGUCUUACCUUGAUAGGACACCAGAGUAUCUGAGAAACCAUGAAUUAUGAGGCACAUUCUCCUAGGUUUUGUUGCCUGGUUGAGGAAAGGCCAGUAAGGUUUCCUUUGUGUUACCCAACCACAUCCAAAUCAUGUUAAGCAUUAUGUUCUCAUCUGUGUCACAUAAUCGAAUUCCGUCACAAUAAAACAAGAUCAAACUUGUAAAUAAGUGGAUUAAGAUAUACACAUUUUGUAUAACGAAUUAUUACUGAUUUAAUUGAUAAUCCCAUUAUGAUCAAAGUGUCGAGGGAACCAUUAGCAUGCAAUUUCAUUUUGUUCAGUUUCUCAAUCUGUUUGAGAAACAUAACUUUCUUCUUAUUCUCUUGGCAAAAUGAAAUCUUGUUUAAAAUAUGUACACCAUAUAUUUUUAUGAGAUCAACAUGUAGUUUUCAUUGAUAUUAAAACUGAAGAAAAUUCCCCCAAACAUGAGUCAUUAAGAUGUCGCACCAGACAAAUCAUCUUCCGUAACAUUGAAGUUAUAUGUUUCUAUUUGUACAUGUUUAUAAGAGUGUUAAGGGAUGAGAGUGUGAGUGUUUAAUUAUGCAUAUAAUUAAAAAUUUGAAAUAUUAAUAUUUAAAAAAUCAGAAAAUCUAUGGGUUUUUUUUUCCUAAAGGUUUGGGAUAUGAUUAAGUCUGAGAAUUUUGUUGGUAUGUACUGAGUGGAAAGAAUUUCAUAUCUGUGAAAAAUCGGGUAUAUGAUGAUUUUUGAGGAUACUCAUUUAUAUAGGAAUCUUUCCAUGAAUAUUGAUUCCAUUUAUUACAACUGUCAAUCUUGAUUGUAAGACUGACUGCUCAAUCACACAGUGAAGUCAAGGGAGGGCCUAUGGACACAGUCAAUGAAAUAGAUUUAACACCAAAAUAUGGGUAGUUUUUUAUCUGUCACUUAUACAAACAAGAAUAUCAUGCAUUGCAUGGAUUUAAGCAGUACAAUUUUACAUGGGAAGAUAUUGUGGUACAAAAUCUACUCUAUCAGUUGAUCUAUAGUCUUAUAUUUAACCUCCUAUUUUCACAUUUACUCUUGUUUUAGGUGUAAAUAUCUGAAGCAGUCUUUUUCCUUUAAAACAUGAUUGCCCAAGAUAUCUGUUGUAUAUAUUUCUCCUGAUUGUCCAGAGAAGAAGCUCUUUAUGUCACCAUAUUUUGUUUGUAUCCUCGUGUUUAUUUUACUAUUUUUAUUGAUGCUGUUUGCAGGGUUUUCAUGUUAUCAGAAAGAUGGCAGGAGGGGUGGGGUUCUGAACUUGCUUCUAGCAGUACUUAUAAGUUAAAAAUAUAAAUCUGGAAAAUGUAUGAUAUACAGACUUAUUAUAACUUACCAUAUAAUGCCUUAUCAAACAAGAUAUCAUUUAACUGCCAGAUUUUGCUAUCUUGAUCUGUAAAUCCAUUCUGCUGUUUACAUCAUGUUGGUUCUGCAGCAAUAUGUAUACAGAAUGUAGUAUUUUUGCCAGAAGAAAUAGUCACCAUAAAAGGUUGUAUUUAAGUUGUGUUGCUUUAACAUGUGUUGUUGGCUCAUCCUUGUACAGUUUUUGAGACCUCACUUUGCUAACUAUUAGUACAUGUGCUGGGAAUACUGGGGAACACAAAAGUUUAGUUAGUAUAUUUUUUGACAAUAUGAAAGAUACAAGUGGUAUUUGGUUCUCCGUUAUGUGUGGGAAACUCAUAAAACAUUAUGCUGGAUUAGUCAGGAUAUCAGAAUUCUGUGACAGAUGUCUUAUUACAUAGAUCACUGCGAUGCUGUCAGUGUUGUGAUAGAAAACGUUUUGCUCUAUAAGGAAAAUGAGGGAGGGGAGAGUUGUAUGUUACCAAUUUAACAUUCUGAUUCUAAAUGUUAAUGUAUUCCAAAUUUAACUGUGAUAUAUGCUAUUCGAGCAUUUAUUAAAAUGAGACAAAUUUAAUGCUUGCUUGUUACAUAGUUUACAGCUAAACUGUAGAGAGUAAAAUUUCUGUUAGAGGGCAGUUCUUGUUGGAUGAAGACUACAUACAACGUGAGGGAAUUCUGUUGGAAAAUUUAUAAAAUGGAAGUGAAAAAAAAUGUUUUGAACAGGACUGUUGACAAGGUAUAACGAAGCCAUGCUUUCAUUAGUCUUUGUCAAUAUUUAAUCCUUUUCUAAAAAAAAUGUAUCUGUGGUGAUUUGGAUGAACUGGGCAUUGUUAGGAUGUUUAUAGCUUAUUUUAAUUAUGAAUUCCUUUCCUUAUUGAAUUAUAUAUCAUAUGAGAUUUUUGUACUUGAGUGAUGUACUGAACCAACUUGUAGCAGGAUAUGUGAUGAGUAUACAGGUAAUUUGUUAAUGUUCUCUACACAAUAUUUCAUACAUUUGUUUUUUUCCCUGAGACAGGAAUUUUGGGUCAUUUCAGGAUUGAAUCUGUUCUACAUUGUUAGUGGAAAAUAGUUGUCAUAGGAUUUUGCUUAUUAUUGAUACCAUCAAAAAUGCUAAUGAAAGAAGUAACAAAAUUUUAUUUAAAGGAAAGUCUUAAAUUUUUCAUUUGCAAACCAUUACCCAUAACGCUUUCCCGGUAAAAUUGAAGCCAGUCAACGUUCAGAAGUCCGUGUGGACUGAGAUUGAACCAUCUUUUGGGAGUUCAGAAUUCAGUUAAUGAACUGUGUGAACCAUUACUUGGGAGCUCAGAAGUCAGUUAUGAAGCUUUCUGUAAGAACCAUUGUUAGUGAGUUAAGAAGUCUGUUAAUAAAUUUCCAAUGUGAACCAUAAAAGACGAGUUCAGAAGUCAGUUAACAAGCUCUCUUUAAGAACAAUUGCUGGAAAGUUGAGAAAUCUGUUAAUUAACUUUCAGUGUGAACUGUUCCUGACAAGUUAAGAAGUCAGUUUAGGAAUAUUCUAUAAGAACCAUUGCUAGCGAGUUCAAAAGUUGGUAAUAAAAUUCAUAUGUGAACCAUAAGUAAUAGCGCUGAAGUCAGUUUAGGAACUGUAUGCAAGAACUAUUACUGGCUUGUUCAGAAGUCAAUUUAGGAACUUUCUGUCAGAACCAUUACUGGCUAGUUCAGAAGUCAAUUUAGGAACUUUCUGUCAGAACCAUUACUGGCUAGUUCAGAAGUCAAUUUAGGAACUUUCUGUCAGAACCAUUACUGGCUAGUUCAGAAGUUUGUUGAUAAAUUUUCUGUGGAACUGUAAAUGACCAGUUCAGAAGUCAGUUAAAUAAUAAGUUCUCUGUAGAACCAUUGCUGGCAAGUUCAGAUGUCUGUUUCUGAGCUUCUACUAGAAAGUUCAGAGACCAGAUUUUGAAGUCAAUUAAUGAACCAUUAUUCAGAGCUUAGAUAAUGAACUUUCUGUCUGAAAUAUUGUUAGAGAGUUCAGAGGUCAGUUAAUGAAUUUUCUAUCUGGGCAAUUACUAGAGAGGUCAGAAGUCUAUAUGUGCUUGUGUCUUGCAGUUUUUGUAUAUUUUCAGAAGUACUAUUUUAUACUGUGAGGUAAAAUGCAUUUGUGUGGAGUAAUAGACCAUAUUUAUUUUCUAAAUAAUGUUUUAUAUAAUGAAAUUAUUUACUAUGUGAAUAUCCUUUUUUGCAGCAGUUCUGUUGUGAAAUAAUGUACAUCACAAGGCUGCAAUAAAUACAUAUGAAAUAUUUAA